GUUUGGCUCGCUCAGUCCUCGCGCCCUGGGCCAGCGGUGCGUGCGGGCCACUGUCCCGGGUCCCGGCCCCGCGCCAUGGAGUGGCGCUGGCCCCUGGGGCUCGGGCUCGGGCUGCUGCUGCUGCUGCUGCUCCUCUGCACCCCGCUGCCCCCGGGGGCGCGCGCCAAGGAAGUCACUCUGAUGGACACAAGCACCGCACAGGGCGAGCUGGGCUGGCUGCUGGAUCCCGAGGAUGGGUGGAGUGGGAUGCAGCAGAUGCUGAAUGGGACGCCCCUCUACAUGUACCAAGACUGCGCAGUACAAGGAGGAGGAGACACUGACCACUGGCUCCGUUCCAACUGGAUCUACCGAGGGGAGGAGGCUUCUCAAGUCUACGUGGAGCUUCAGUUCACCGUGCGGGACUGUAAGAGUUUCCCUGGGGGAGCCGGGCCUCUGGGCUGCAAGGAGACCUUCAACCUCCUGUUCAUGGAGAGUGACCAGGACGUGGGCAUUCAGCUCCGACGGGCCAUGUUCCAGAAGGUCACCACGGUGGCUGCAGACGAGAGCUUCACCAUCCGGGACCUUGCAUCGGGCUUGGUGAAAAUGAACACGGAGCGCAGCUCCCUGGGCCUCCUGACCCGCCGCGGCCUCUACCUCGCUUUCCACAACCCAGGGGCCUGUGUGGCCCUGGUGUCCGUGAGGGUGUUCUACCAGCGCUGCCCUGAGGCCGUGCAUGGCUUAGCCCGGUUCCCUGACACUCUCCCUACACCUACCAAGCUGGUAGAAGUGAUGGGGACCUGCUUGCCCCACGCCCAGGCCAGCCCCUCAGGAGCACCCCGCAUGCACUGCAGCUCCGAAGGCGAGUGGCUGGUGCCAGUGGGGAGGUGCCACUGUGAGCCUGGCUAUGAGGAAGGCAGAGAGAGAUGCCAUGCCUGCCCAGGCGGCUCCUACCGGGCAAAUGUGGACUCACCCCGUUGUCUCAAGUGCCCCCAACACAGCCUGGCUGAGUCUGAGGGGGCCACCAUCUGUGCCUGUGAGAGUGGCCAUUACCGAGCCCCUGGGGAGGGCCCGCAGGCGGCGUGCACACGUCCCCCCUCAGUCCCUCAAAACCUGAGCUUCUCUGUUUUGGGGACCCAGCUCUCCCUGCAUUGGGCAGCCCCAGCAGACUUGGGGGGGCGCCAGGAUGUGAGAUACAGUGUGGGGUGUUCUCAGUGUCGGGGAGCAGUGCCAGGUGAAGGCCCCUGCCAGCCCUGUGCGGGAAAUGUGCACUUCUCCCCGGGGGCCAGCGAGCUCACCGCACCUGCUGUGCGCGUCGAGGGCCUCGAACCCUUCGCCAACUACACCUUCCACGUGGAAGCCCACAACAGAGUAUCAGGGUUGGGCAGUGCCAAGCCCUCCCGUGCCUGGCUCAGCGUCCACAUGGGGCACACAGAGUCACCAGUAGGCCUGUCCCUGAGGCUGGUGAGGAAGGAGCCCCGGCAGCUGGAGCUGACCUGGGCGGGGUCCCAACCCCGCAGCCCUGGCGGGAACCUGACCUAUGAACUACAUGUGCUGAACCAGAAUGAAGAGCGGCACCAGACGGUUCCAGAACCCAGGGUCCUGCUGACUGAUCUGCAGCCAGACACCACGUACAUCGUUAGGGUCCGAAUGUUGACCCCGCUGGGCCCCGGCCCAUUCUCCCCUGACCAUGAGUUUCGGACCAGCCCACCAGUUUCCAAGGGCCUGAGUGGAGGCGAGAUCGUGGCCAUCAUCUUCGGGGUGCUGCUGGGCGUGGGGCUGCUGCUCGGGAUGUUUGUCUUCCGUUCCAGGAAACGUCGACAGCGACAGCAGCAGAGGCGGCUUGAUCAUGUCACUAAUGUGAACAGAGCCAAAACAGGACUCCUCAGGGAACAAGAAGAAGUUCGAGGGGACAAGCAGAGGCUGAAGCCUUACGUGGACCUCCUGGCGGAACCCAUGAUGUAUGAGGACCCAGCCCUGGGGGCUCUGGACUUCACCCAGGAGCUGGAUCCAGCCUGGCUGAUUGUGGACACUGUCAUAGGGGAAGGAGAGUUUGGGGAAGUGUAUCAAGGGACCCUGAGAAUCCCCAGCCAGGACUGCAGGACUGUGGCCAUUAAGACCUUGAAGGACACGUCUCCAGACGGCCAAUGGUGGAACUUCCUUCGAGAGGCAACCAUCAUGGGCCAGUUUAACCACCCGCACAUUCUGCGCCUCGAAGGCGUUGUGACAAAGAGGAAACCCAUCAUGAUCAUCACGGAGUUUAUGGAGAACGGAGCCCUGGAUGCCUUCCUGCGGGAGCGGGAGGACCAGCUGGUCCCUGCGCAGCUGGUGGCCAUGCUGCUGGGCAUUGCGUCUGGCAUGACCUACCUCAGUGACCACAGUUAUGUCCACCGGGACCUGGCCGCCAGGAACAUCUUAGUGAGUCAGAACCUGUGCUGCAAGGUGUCUGACUUUGGCCUUACCCGUCUCCUGAACAACAAGGAUGGGACCUACGAAACUCAGGGAGGAAAGAUCCCCAUCCGUUGGACAGCACCUGAAGCCAUUGCCAAUCGGAUCUUCUCCACGGCCAGUGACGUGUGGAGCUUCGGGAUUGUGAUGUGGGAGGUGCUGAGCUUUGGGGACAAGCCCUAUGGGGAGCUGAGCAAUCAGGAGGUAAUGAAGAGCAUCGAGGAUGGGUACCGGCUGCCCCCUCCUGUGGAUUGCCCUGCUGCUCUCUACGAACUGAUGAAGAACUGCUGGGCCUACAACCCCGACCAUCGGCCCCACUUCCACCAGCUAAAGACACAGUUGGAGCGAUUGCUGAGCACCCCUCACACCCUGCGGACCAUGGCCAACUUUGAUCCCAAGGUAACCCUUCGCCUGCCCAGCCUGAGCGGCUCAGACGGGAUCCCCUAUCGAAGCGUCCCUGAGUGGCUGGAGUCCAUUCGCAUGAAACGCUACAUUCUGAACUUCCGCUCAGCUGGGCUGGACACCAUGGAGUGUGUGCUGGACCUGACGGCCGAGGACCUGGUGCAGAUGGGGAUCACGCUGCCAGGACACCAGAAGCGCAUUCUUUGCAGUAUUCAGGGAUUCAAGGACUGAGCCCUCCCCUCCCCCGUCCUGUCCUCAGGAAGUAAGGAUGGGGCCAGGGUCACUCAAGUCCUUUCCCUCAGCCUACAGGGCCUUGGUGCUGUUCGGGCCCACCCUUCCCUGAGAAACUUGCCUUUGGAGCCUGGGAGCCUCUUCGUUUUCUAAAGGGAGGUUGGGGUCUAAAUCACCGUGCUGGGAAGAGGGUUUAAUAUAUAUAUAUAUAUAUAUAUAUAUAUAGUUAUACACAUAUAUAUUUUUAUAAGUAAACAGGAGCUGAGUUUUCAUCUGGACCCCUGUUUUAUUUUUAUCCCUCCCGUCUCUUCCAUUUGUAGCACAAGAGUCCACUGCUAAGAAUUCUGGAAAACAAGGUUUUUUAUUUGUAGCUGUAGCCACAACCCGGCAGCAUGGGGGCAGGUAGGAACGUCCAGGCCAGUGAGCCCAGCCCAGCCUCCCCGGGGGCUCAGGGGACUCGCCCUCGGCAACCAUAGUAGAGGCUUGGGGGGAGAAGGGGGGCAGCUGAGGGCAUUUGUGCAGCAGUGAAAGCAGCAGCGCUCAACCUGGCGACCCUCAGGGGGGCGUUAUCUGAAGGGUGGUGAGAGGUCCCUGCAGGAUGGGAGAGGAGACUAGAAACCCAGAACCGGGAUUCUGCAUCCUGGGUUCUGUUGGGACCCUGGAUCAGGGACCUUGGGAUACUGGGUGGGGUUUGGAAUGGAGGGAGGGGCUAGACAAAAAAAUAACCUAGGGCGGGGCCGGUGGAGGAGCAGGGUGGUCGCUGUGGGUGGUCCACUGACGGAGAAUGAACUCCCAGUGAGGAAGGGGCCGGUCCUCACUCAGGUCUGGGCUCUGGCAGUGUGGCACUUCCGGCAGAGCACGUGGCCAUCCAGGGGGAAGCAGCCAUUAUCGUCCGCCUCAAUGGACAGAGCCUUCCCACAGUCCUAGGAGAAAGUGGAAGAACCCCUGAUGGGAAGGGCCCCUGUGCACCCACACCGCCCCUUCCCCCACUUUUACAUUAGCGAGGCCAAGUGCUCAAAAGCUCAGAGUUGAUAUCCUCAUUGUGCCCCCACAACAAUACUCAUCCCCCACGUUCACUUUUGUCCCCUAGGCAUCCAGGACGAGGAUGGGCAGUGGGUAGAGCUGCACCCAUCCCAAUAAAGAAUGUGGGGCCAUUCCCACAUGUCUCAGCUCCA